AUGAAAUGCCGCCCUAUCGAAACACUCGUUUACGAGUACAUGUUCCCGAAGCCCCGGCAAUCGGACCCCCAAAAUUUCCAAGCCCUCCUCCAGAGGUAUCUGAUUCUCGAAGUCCGGCAAGAAACACAUUCGUUCUACGGCCACUUGGAUACGCCCGAAGCGAAGUAUCCGGGCCUCGACUACACGCACCCGAUUCACCGCAUCCGCCUCAGCAGGUGGCCGUGGCACCGUCGCCUCUUCCGUGCGCUUGAUGGCCUGCGCUUGACGUCCGCCGAAAUCUCGGGCCUGACAAAAUGGGAAGGCACAAAAUGGGCCAAGGAACGAUUUGAGCGGGACCAGGGCAUUCUUAUCCGAGACACCACGGCCGACGGGUUUCCGAACUACGCCGACCCCGACGACCCCUACUCUGCCCAGUCGCAGCGCGGCAGAUCGGAGGAGACGGAAGGACCGGUAGAACCGGAGGACGGAAUCGAGGAGGAAGAUGACGAAGAUAAUGAGGAAGAGAACGAAGAAGACGAGGAGGACGAGGAGAGCGACGGCGAACUGGAAAGCGUCGGGGUGGCUUUGAACGAGCGACUCCGACAACGGGUCGCCAUGCGAAACAUGUCCGGAGACAACACGAUGCCGCUCGACGAGGAGUGGGAGAACUGGCUGAAACACGCCAUAGAAUCAGGCGAGUUGCCUCAUGUGGCAGACCAAAUUGCCAGGUUUCCGGGGCCGCACAGCACGCUCACCGCCGACGACAUCUUUCCGCCGCGGAUGAUGGCCGCCGCGAGAGCCGGCCACUGGGACGAAAUACCGGACUUCCUGCACGACAUGAUUCGGCAGGCUCUCCAAUCGGGGCGCAGGCCUGUACAGUCGUCUGCGACAGCGAGCUCAAGCUCACGACCCUCGAUCAGAUACUCGAACGUCCUGAACACACUCACAAGAGUCGGCGUGUAUCCUCCGCGUGCCGACGUUCGCCCACCAGAAUCCAGCGGUCGGCGAACAACACAAUCCGAGAGCCGACCUCAACAGACGGCGCAACCGGGGGCUUAG